UCCCAGAAGUGCAGCCCAAUCUUUUAGCUCUGACACUCGCUCUUCGGGAUUAUUCGUAAACUCAAGUACCCCCCAACCCGCCGAUGAGAACUGCAACUGUUUUUUUUUUUGUUUUUUGUUUUUUACAGCUGACACACUUCCCAUUUCGAUCAGGCCAGCUCGAUACUGCCGUGAACUAACUUCCUGCAUGUGGCUGUAGCUUGAACGGGAUUUCUGGGCUGAGCGGUCACUGCUGCUGUCCAUGCGUGAGCCUCUUCUCCCCCCUCCGUGAAUGGUGCGGAGUAAUAUCAUCUGGAGAGGCCGAGGCCGACAUUUUACCCCGGUCCGGAGGAGCAUUAACUCGGAGGGGACAUCCGAGGACACGCGUUAAGGCUGAGAAAUCGAGAGCUGCAGAGCUGCGACAUGUGAAAAGAGCUCACCCACUUGGCCUACUCACCUCUCAAUCUUAGACCAGAACUCAGUUGAGUUUUUCGCUGCUAAACUCACUCACACUCACGUUGGGACUGUGACCUGACAACCUCCUGCCUUGGGCAUGCCUCAGCCGGGUAUGAAUGGGAUGGAGCCUGCAUUUGGCGAGGCCUAUGGGGGGCACAGGGGUCUGAUGAGCCCCUACCCUCUGGCCAUGUCGCCACAGGGAGGCAGGACAGAGUACGACCAGAGUGUGCUCCUUAUGCUGGGCUCCCCAGCAUUGCCAAGGAAACGGCCCUUUGAGUUGCUAAGCGACCUGGUGGACGACGGAGGCUUUGGUGAAGACCUGCACCCAGAGCGCUGGGAUGUGUCCGCGCUGGAUGAGAUGGCUCGUUACACCAAACUGGGCCUCGGGGUCGGAGGGGAGCUGCUGCCCUGCUCCGAGGAGGCUGUGCUGAUGGGCUGCUGGGGGAGGAGUCGGGAAGAGCAGGAGGAAGAGGAUGAGGAGGAGGAGAGGAGGAGGAACAGACACGCAGUCCCUCCUGGCACCCCGGAAGUCCAGAAAACUGCUUCAGGGAAGGAGGAAGAGGAGGAGGAAGGGUGUAUCUCUGUUGCCCGGACAACAGAGCUGUGCGUUUCAGGAAGAGUGACUGAAGGUGGACAGGAUGAGGGGGUGUCAAGGGAGCGGACGGUGGAGGUGUAUCAGGUGGCCCAAGAGGAAGAGGAAGCAGCAGCAGCUGCAGUAGGACUGGCUCUGGAGCACUGCAGUGAGGAGCACAACUACUCCCUGAGCCAGGGAGGGGAGCUGGGGGCAGGACCUGCUCACAACUCCCAGACAGAGGAGGUGCAGGUGGUGGAGAAUCAGCAGGAAGAGCAGGAUAGGGAGGACAGCCAGGCCGAGACCGAACUGAAGUUGGAGGAUGAGGAUGAGGAGCAGGACGAAGACGAGGAAGAAGAGGAGGAAGAGGAAGGAAUGGAGGAGACAGUGGUGGAAGCUGAAAUUUCGAGCUCCUCGGAAACUGAAUGUGAGGUGGAAGCAGAGCCAGCCAGGCAGCUGGGCGAGCGACCGUCGAAGCGUCGCUGUUUCUGGGAGUACAGACGUGCUCGGGAGUCAGCCACAAAGAAGAAACUUGGCGGUGACGUCCACUGGUCUCUGUCCUGGAGCUCCAGCACUCUUCCCAGCACGCUGUACCGCCGAGAGGGCAAAAAGGGGCGACGCAAAGCCCGGAAAACAGAUGCCAGCGACCUGACGCCGAACCCUCAGAAGCUCCACAACAUCGGGGAGCAGCUGCAGAAGCUCAACGCAGCGAUCGAUGGCAUGGGUCCGGUCAACGACCUGCCCGCUGUGGCCCGAGCCCGUUCACGCAAGGAGAAGAACAAGCUGGCCUCCAGGGCCUGCCGGCUGAAAAAGAAGGCCCAGCACGAAGCCAACAAGAUCAAGCUGUGGGGGCUCAAUCAGGAAUAUGAAAACCUGUUGGGAGCUCUGCUACGGAUUAAGGAAGUGAUCAGGCGGCGAGUGGAGAGCAGCGAGGAGGAGGACACGGACGAACGAGGGAUGACCCAACGGCUCGAAGACAUCCUCAGAGAGUCGAGUGGUCCCUUAGUUGCUGGGCGGACCAAAGACUUUGUGCAGAGGAUUUUGGCAGCCAGCGCAGGCGGUCAGAACCAACGCAAAGAGCCCCCACAGGACGGGGAUGAGGCAUCGGGGUAAAACCCCAAAACAGCAGUCCCUUUUCUCUCCGUACCCUCUUCUUCCAACCCCGCCCUCCCAGCACCACCAACUUGUCGAGACCAAGCUCCUCUACACCUCUUCUGCUCUCACGUCGUACACAUUUAAGCAAAGAGACGGCAAAGUGGAGAGGCUGGGAACCAAGAGGAGGUGAGGAAGAAGAGGAAGGAGUAGCCUAAACAAAGCGAUAGUAAAUUGCUACCUUGCUCCUGGUCCUCUCCUGUUGGUCCUCCAAGCAGCAGCCGUCUUCACCGCUCUGUCUCUGCAGGCUGCACCACAACCACCAACAGGCCAGAGCUGCUGCUGCUGCUGCUGCUGCUGAUGUCUCUGUAUUCUGUGUUCUCUGUGUGCGUGCAUAAGUGUGUGCGUGUAACAUACUGUAUGAGCGUGUAUAGUGUUCCUCUCUCCCUCUCUGUGCUGUAUUUGUACCCCAUUGUGCCUAUGAAUAGACAUUGCACUGUUUUGUAGAUGGUCGUAGUUGUUGUCAGGGGGCCGUUAGUGAGCCGAGGGUGAGGGGGCAUUUGAGGAUAAGAGGAAGUUCUAAAAAUAAGGAAGUGGGAGGAGCCCAGGCACGGGAAACAAAGAAGAGGGUGUGUUUGUUUUGGUUUGGGGUUUUUUUUGUUGUUGUUUUUUGUUUGGCUGGGCUCCUAUAGAAGCUCUACAUACCAUUUGAAUUGCACCAGCAUCUGAAAUGAGACCCAAUGCCAGACCAGUCAAUGGUAACUGAUUGAAAAGUCCUCGGAGCUUUAAUAGUCACCCAUCCCUCUCUGACACCCCCGUCACCCCAUCAAAAUGUAAGCAGAGAUCAAAAGAAAAAAAACUGCACCUUAAUUUAAACUGACCAAAGAUAAGUGAUACUGCUGAACUACUCUGACACCUCUCACCACUUCAGAUGCUGCCAGCCAUUAACACACCAUCCUGUCCUGCUGAGAGAGGGGUGAAGUGACUGAUACACUUUUAAUUCUUGUCCUAUUUACCUGCAUGCAUCAUUCAAAGAUGGGCAUCACCUGAUAGACUUAGAUCCUUUUCAUGUAAAUGCACUACCGUCACGGACCCGAGAGGCCGUGGUGUGGCAGACGGGACUUGACCAAACGCCUUGUCGAUUGGUUGGCCGUCUAGCUCUGCAGCCUGGUGCUCCUUUAGCUGAUCUGUGGUGGAUUUAUUUUUUAUCCCAAAAAAGGGAAGUGUCCUCGAUGCCUGCCCCAAGCCCUCUCCUCAACCCCCUGACCUGAUUAUGUAGCGCAAUUUCCUGACUUGCAAUGACAAAUAGAGAAAAAAAAAAAACACACACACACACUUGUAGAGCUAGAAAGCAAAUAAUUUGUUUUUGUUGAUUUGAUUUUGUUGUUAUUUGAUGAUGCCACAGCCCACAAAGUGGGCGUCAGUUUUGAGAGAGAAAAAUCUGCCUUUUUAUUUUCUGUUUUUCUUUAUUUUUCUGUGGUCUCUGCUAAAGCUGGAGACCAACCUGUCCACACUCUGUAAAUGUUGUUGGACGCUAAAAAAAUUAAUUAAGACCUUUGAAUUGCACUGUGGUAAGAGCAACAAAGCACCUUUGAAGAGGGCUUCAAAUCCUCCAAAAGAGAGAGGAAAAAAAAGACUCUUGGCACCUUUUUCUAAAGACAGAUAUUGAUUGAGAGACUUGAGGGCACCAAGCGCUUUGCGACCAACUGCUGGUUUGGGCUUGUUUCAGUAUGGUGCUACUAUAUGAUGACAGAAAAGUCAUGCAAACACAUUUGGAGGCAUGAGGCAGUAACUGCUGACUGGGUUUUGGCCUGCAAGGACGUACUGUUGUAAUAGGCGGUUUGUUUGCAUAAUGACGCCUUUCUCAAGUGCCUGGAGCUUAAAGCCACAGGGACCUGUGUUAUUAAAACCUAUUACAAG